GGAGCGUAAUUUCCUUAUUUUUUAUGGGUGCGUUGGAACUUAACCCCCUCAAAAUUAACAUAUUAUUGAAUCCGCGGUAUAUGUUUAUAAGUCCGGUAAGACUUAUAUAUAAAAAAAAUGGAUGAUCUUCAGAACACAGAAGAAGCAUCAUUUGUGGUUGAGGAAGUCAGCAACAUUAUUAAAGAGUCUAUAGAAGGUGCAAUUGGAGGAAAUGCUUAUCAACACAAUAAAGUGAACCAGUGGACAUCCAGUGUAGUUGAACAAUGUUUAAAUCAACUAACCAAACUUGGAAAGCCUUUUAAAUAUAUUGUGACUUGUGUAAUAAUGCAAAAGAAUGGUGCAGGUCUUCAUACUGCAAGCUCAUGUUACUGGGAUAAUGGCUCAGACG